ACUAGUAUGAAAACAUUAAGCAAGUAACAACUGACAGUCAGGUUCUAGUAGUAUCGAAUUACGUGUUUACCAUUCAUUUUUUUCGAAAAACAGCCGUAUUUCUGAAAAAUUCGACAAUAAUUUAUGACCAAUAUCCAAAAACAGCCCAUAAGCUUUCAGUUUGAAUCGAAAUUAGAGCAAAAUUUUUGCCCAAACGUCAUAAAACCCAACUGCAAAGAGGUAUAGUUGUCUCUGUACUUAUAGGCCUGUUUUAUUAUGUUCUUGUUGUGCGUAAAAACAAUAAAUUCCCCAGAUUGUCAACUAGUCUUUAAGGAAUCAGUCGACGAAAGAAUCAAAGUGGAAGGUAUGUUUUUAAACGGUCAAUAAACCUUUGAGACAUGUGUCUUUUGGCCUAUACUAAUCUUCUUUGUUCCAGAUGGGUCGAACGUUCCUCACUCAUAUGGGUGGAAUUCGAAUAUACUCAUGUGCUAACUGCGAGACUCCUCUAACGAACAGGGCCGAAUUAAUAUCGACUCGUUUCACAGGAGCAACCGGCAGGGCUUUCCUUUUCGACAAAGUCGUUAAUAUUGGCUUCAGUGAAGUUCAAGAUAGAGUUAUGCUUACAGGUCGACAUAUGGUUAGGGAUGUUUCAUGCAAAAACUGUGGAGCAAAAUUAGGCUGGAUUUAUGAAUUUGCCAACGAAGAAAGUCAAAGAUAUAAAGAGGGUAAAGUCAUACUCGAGCGAGCUCUUGUAACCGAGUCCGAAGGCUUCGAAGAAAAUCCCCCUCCACCGCCCAAGCCAACUCCCUUUCCUAAUAUGCCUCAACACAUUCAAUAG